AUGACAGACUGCGACCACGACGUGGGCACCCCACAGGGUGCACAUGACAAGGCCACUAUGAUGAUCCCGCUCGCAUCUUCGUCUCCCUCCACGCGUAGUCUUCCUCGGUUGUCUGACCAGAAGCUGGAAAAGGUCCCCAAGUUCUUGAAAGCUGCGUCUCGCCCCAAGCCCAACACUUCCCUAUGCUUGAACCAGGACAUCCCAGUGGUCCAAGGUUUGUGCUUUAAAAACAUAGCUGAGGCUCAGCGAUCGAUGGCUCUUGCUCAGUGGCACGCACCUCGAGACGACGAUACCAUUCCAAAGACCGAGGAAGAGUAUCGCGAUAUUGCUAAGAUGCUGGUGGAUGCUUUCAUGGAUAUGCGCAUCGCCAAGGACACCGCGACCAACGCCUAUCGCAAGCGUUUCACUCCAGGUGAAUCUGUCUACUACCAGGACUGGGCCAUUGAAGCUUGUGCAUGGGAUAUCAUUUCCAAGGUCAUGUCUAUCCACACGGAAGGCUUUAAGGUUCCGAUCUACGACAAGUCCAUCGUUGACUGUAUUGGCCAGACCCAGAAUUGGCUGUUCCAAGACCGGAUUAACUGGAUUUGCCAAGUUGUCAGGAGCUCCAAGCACGUCGCUGUUACUCUUAUGAAGCAUGAGAAGAACUGGACUACGAUCGGCGCGCCCCACAAGCUCUACAGCAGCACACUUGUCAAUUGCAUCUCGAAUGCCCACCGCGGCAAGUGGGUCAAGGAUGGUCGUGAAGCAGAUAAGAAUCAUCAAGAGCGAUCUAUCAAGGGCAAGCGCACCAAGGACCAGCUGGCUAUCUCUAAUGGUGACGGUGUUGGCAUGGACCCUGGAACUGCUGCUGGAGCUGAAGAGACAGAAACGCUGCAGCGAGAGCUUACGCGCAAGCGUCAGAAGAUUGAGCACAUCACAUCUGACGGCAAAGACGUCGAUAUGGAUGAUGCAAUCACUGGGGAUUCUGAUGCUGGUGUGCAUUCUCUCAAGAAGCCCGAAAAGAGCCUCAAGCCGAGCAAGUCUUUCAUCAACUCCCCACGUCCCGAUAAGGAGAUGAUCGCCCUCUUCUAUGGAGCACUGUCCACGAAGUCUGUUGCUGUUGUUCCCGGACAAGAUACCGGCAAGCAUAGCGCCCAAGCAGACGAAGCCGUUUCUGAAGAUGUCGACCGGUCAAAGUCUCCCCACAAGGACUCUGUCGGGGAGGGCGAAUACAACAAGGACACUUCUGUCGAGAAGAAGAUGAAGAAGCACCACAACAUCACGGUUGGCCUCAAUUAUCACCCCAAUGUAGAUACCAAGGGCGGAUUUGAGUUCGACAACGGUUCGGAGCUUUCUGAAGCCCUCGAUGGUCUGCUCUCCGACACCUCGUACGCUUCUCCUACCAGCAAGAAGACGGACGACCUCAAGGGCAGCCCUUCAACUCUAGAUCCUCGUACCCACGAUGCCGUUCACCUAGACGGCGCGUAUAUGUUAGCCUCGCUGCACACCGGCCGUUAA